GCCGCGUAUCAACCCACGGCGGCCAUGGUGUCUAACACGUCACCGCUGCUGAACCCUCUGUCCACGUACACGGCGUCAGCUCCGGUGCUUCGCCACAUGUCUCGCACGUACACUGAAGAAGAGUAUCUGACAGACAGCUCUACAACCGACAGCUACGGUGACCUUGAGGCUCAAUACGGGCGUGGCGGUUUCGCUGGCGGCGCCACGGCUGGUCUCGCGGCGUCCUACCUGGCAUCUACCACAGGCACACUUGGACCGUCCACCUAUGACAGUGGCCGCCAGGUGCCCAUAAUACCAACUAGGAAGCCAGCCUACCUCGACCAGCGACCGCUCGCGCCGCGGGACCCACAGGCAAAAUCGAGCAAACUGGCUCUCGGCCAGACGUGCCGGACCUACGAUCGCUGGAUGGCUGACCAGGCGCGGUGCGAGGCCAUCCGGGAGAAUCGCAAGACGGGCUACCAGGUGCACAUCAUCGUCGCCUUCCUUAUGCUGCUGGCCACUAUCAUCGGGGCACUCGCCAUUCUGAGCGUGUAUGGCCGACGCCGGUACAUGGCAGUAUUCGGUGAUUCGGACGACUUCAACAGCACCAUGAACAGCCCCUGGUACCGGUACUUCUUGCGCAGCCUAAACAUCAAGAGUAACAAGAGCACUGCCACGCAGGAGGCGUUCGGUUUGUGCAGGACUCCCGAGUGUAGCAGGGAGGGCGCCUAUAUUGCGGGUGCUCUGAACUGGUCUGUGAAUCCCUGCAGUGAUUUCUACGACUUCGCAUGCUCCAUUUCCACGGGAAGCCCAGACUAUCGUACGGCAGACUCCUUAAUCGUCAGCGAGAUUAAGAGCGCUGUCCUGAAAACACUCCGCCAGGAACGGCGCUUUAUCGACAGCCCCGUCUCCACUGCGCGACAUCUUUGGAUCGAGUGCAUGAACGUGAGUGCGUUGCGUUCAUUAAAGACAGGUCCCCUUCAGUCUGCUUUUACAAUUACUGGUUUGCGCAGUUGGCCGUACGAGGCUGAUGAAGGCAACACUAUUUCGACCGUUUGGAACACGUCCGCCAAGAUCCUCCGGUACUUCGGAUUACCGACACUCCUUAGUGUACACCUAACUAAAGUGUCGAGAACAUCGGACGCCGUUGUUGUUUUGGACAAAUCGAGUGCCUUUGGAACUCUUGACGAUUUCAGAAACAACAACUCCGUUAGCGAACGUGCACGAGUACUUUACGAUUUGAUGUGCCUCGUGAACCCGAAGGCACCACAAGGCCUUGCAGACGAGGUUCUGGAAUUUGUUCACUAUGUGCUUCGUCUGACUGAAAGUUCAUCCAGUAAAGAUAGUGAAGAGCAAGUCAGAAGCCUCGGGGACUUGAGCCUCUUCCAGCCUUUUGUCUUGAACGCACUCGGCGAUGCCCUCAGUAACAUGUCCGGGGAACCUGUCCUUCUGCUGCAGUCCUCUGAUUAUAUCAACGACCUAAUCGAGGCCAUUAGGUUGACUCCGCCACAUGUCACACUCAACUACCUAGGUUACAUUCUUGUGGACCACAUCAAACCCUUCGUUCUUCCCACAUUAUGGGACAUGCAUAACCGUGACGAGGUGUGUCUCGAUGCUGUUGACAAAGCUUUACCUCGCAUGGUUCAUUACAUUGCGUACACAAGAUUCAAGUCCACGCUUGAGAAUGUUGCUAUACGCAACAUCAUCGACGACCUCAAGCAUGAACUCAUGACAGCCCUCGCUAAAACGUCAUGGCUGGAUAUAUCGACCAAAUCGCAGCUGCUUAAACGUCUCACGGAGACACAGAUCCACGCCUUCUUUCCACACUGGAUGAGCAAUGCCCAGGUGGCGCGAGAAUUCUUCUCAGACCUCCCUGAUGUGACUGCAGGUCAUGCGCUCGACUCGUACCAAGCUAUCCGCGAGCACAUGUAUCGCACGUCGCUGCUGGACCAUUUUGACAAAAAUGACCUCUGGAAGGGUAGCGUAUUUGACACACACUGUUCCGUGGACCGGGAAUCGGGGAACGCCUAUUUCCCAGUAUCACUGGUCAACGUCACCGGCCGUGCGACGCAGUUCUUCUUGCUCUUCCAGAUACCGCGCAUCGGCUCACGUCUUCUUCAGUGUCUCUUCUUGACGCUUCUUCAGGGAAGCGUCAAUAUUGGCGGAAGCACUGGUUCCGAAGACAACGGGGCUUCUUGGUGGUCUCCGACCGCACGCCAGAGUUACCAGGCUCGAAAGCAGUGCUUCAGCAGCCAAAGACCGGAAGUAUGUGACAGCGCGGGCAGCGUAGGCGAUGUGGUGGCACGUCAUCGGCAACAGGCGUUGCUGCGAGAAAUCACUGAGGCUGCUGCUGUGGCUCCAGUGCUGAAGCUGUACAAGAUGUACAUCAUGUCUCGAAGCAGACAUCGGACGGACUACCGCUUCCAGAACGCAGAGGGCAUCUCGACGAACCAGUUGUUUUACGUGUACCAUGCGCUUAACCUGUGCCAACCGCGAAGGUUCAUAGAACCGAGCUUGAUCACUGCAGCAUCUUCAGCUGGUGUGUGCGAUCAACCGAUAAGGCGCCGAGUAAACGCUGCGUUGAUGAAUGACCCAGAGUUUGAAAAAGUCUUCGGCUGCAGCCCUGGAACCAACAUGAACCCAACAAUGAAGUGUAGUUUCUACUAGUAGGAACGAAGAGUGCUCGAUGACGUUGCUUAUUUUGUUCACUUGUGCAAG